AUGUCUGAUGACGAAGAAGAUGCAAGCGUCUACGAUCAAGAUGACGACUCGACGCCUCCAACAUUUUGGCGUGCAAGUGCAAACGCAGUGGAAGCAACGGACCUAGCAGAACCUGUGACUUUUCAAGACGCGAUCAAUGGUCCUGAUUAA